UCCAGCAUGCACGGAGGAUGCUCGCGUCUUGCUCGGGCAGGAAGGGGCCGGAGGGCAGGUACCCGCUGCACUACCUCGUCUGGCACAACCGCGCCCGUGACCUGGACCGGGAGCUCAGCGCCAAGCAGGCCGACAUCGAGCAGCUGGACCCCCGAGGACGCACUCCCCUGCACCUGGCCACCACGCUGGGCCACCUCGAGUGUGCCAGGGUGCUGCUGAAGCAUGGCGCCGACGUGGGCAAGGAGAACCGCAGUGGAUGGACAGUCCUGCAGGAGGCUGUGAGCACCCGUGACCUGGAGCUGGUGCAGCUGGUCCUGCGCUACCGCGACUACCAGAGAGCCAUCAAGCGCCUGGCCGGGAUCCCCGUGCUGCUGGAGAAGCUGCGGAAGGCCCAGGACUUCUACGUGGAGAUGAAGUGGGAGUUCACCAGCUGGGUGCCCCUGGUGUCCAAGAUCUGCCCCAGCGACACCUACAAGGUGUGGAAGAGCGGCCAGAACCUGCGGGUGGACACCACACUGCUGGGCUUCGACCAUAUGACCUGGCAGCGGGGCAACCGCAGCUUCGUCUUUCGGGGACAAGACAGCAGUGCGGUGGUGAUGGAGAUCGACCACGACAGGCGGGUGGUCUACUCAGAGACUCUGGCCCUGGCUGGCCACGACCAGGAGGUGCUGCUGGCUGCUGUGCAGCCCACCGAGGAGCAGGUGAUGGGGCGGCUGACGGCCCCCGUCGUCACCACCCAGCUCGACACCAAGAACAUCGCCUUCGAGAGGAACAAGUCCGGGAUCCUGGGCUGGAGGAGCGAGAAGACGGAAAUGGUGAAUGGGUAUGAGGCCAAGGUCUAUGGCGCUUCCAACGUGGAGCUGAUCACGCGGACACGGACCGAGCACCUCUCAGACCAGCACAAGGGCAAGAGCAAAGGCUGUAAGACCCCCCUGCAGUCCUUCCUGGGCAUCGCUGAGCAGCACGUGGGGCCCAACAAUGGGACGCUGAUCACGCAGACACUGAGCCACGCCAACCCCACCGCCAUCACCCCUGAGGAGUACUUCAACCCCAACUUCGAGCUGGGCAACCGGGACAUGGGGCGGCCCAUGGAGCUCACCACCAAGACACAGAAGUUCAAGGCGAAGCUGUGGCUGUGUGAGGACCACCCACUGUCCCUCUGCGAGCAGGUUGCCCCCAUCAUCGACCUCAUGGCAAUAAGCAACGCGCUCUUCGCCAAACUGCGGGACUUCAUCACCCUGCGCCUCCCGCCCGGCUUCCCCGUCAAGAUUGGUAUGGACUGGGCUCUGCUGCUGACCCAGCUGGCACAGCCGGCUUCCCUCCUCCUCCUUUUCCCUUUUCCUGCAGAAAUCCCCAUCUUCCAUAUCCUCAACGCCCGAAUAACCUUCGGCAACCUCAAUGGGUGUGACGAGCCAGUCAGCUCCCUGCGGCACAGCCCCAGCAGCGAGGCGCCCUCCCCCAGCAGCGACUCCUCCAGCGUCAGCAGCUCCAGCUCCCUCACGUCGUGCCGAGCGUGCGAGAUGGACCCGGCGCUGUUCGAGGUGCCGCGGGGCUACAGCGUGGUGGGCACCCACCAGGACGCCCUGCGGGAGGACGAGGAUGACCUGCUGCAGUUCGCCAUCCAGCAGAGCCUGCUGGAAGCGGGCAGCGAGUACGACCAGGUGACCAUCUGGGAAGCACUGACCAACAGCAAGCCGGGCACCCACCCCUUGUCGCACGAGGGCCGCCGAGGAGACAGGUUGGUAAGGUCCGGCCAGCCCCUCUGGGGGAGUGGGCGUGGGCGCCGGACCCGAGGGGACCCCACUGAGCCCCUGCCGCCCCCAGGACUCCCCAGCACACGGCGUCCCCGCGUCCCCCCGCGGCCCCGUCGCCGGGGGGUGGCAGGGGGCCCGGGGCGCUGUUCCCCAGCUACGCCGAGCAGCUGCGCUUGGCCAUGGCGCUGUCGGCGCGGGAGCAGGAGGAAGCGGAGCGCCGGACGCGCCAGGAGGAGGAGGACCUGCAGCGCAUCCUGCAGCUCUCGCUGACGGAGAAGUGACCCCGCACCCCUGCUGAGCCC